AUGAUUCAAACUGCAAAAUCAGCAAUUCUUGAAGCCAUGAAAGCAGGCUAUCGUCACUUUGAUACGGCCUUUAUUUACGGAUCCGAGAAGCCUCUUGGUGAAGCCAUUGCUGAAGCUCUUCGUCUUGGCCUCAUCAAGUCCCGUGAAGAGCUCUUCAUCCCCACCAAGCUAUGGUGCAGCUUCGCUGAACGUGAUCAAGUCGUUCCUGCCUGUAAACUGAGCCUCGAGUAA